UGUGCACUGGCGCCAUCUUGUGUCUUCAACAGGAGACUUCGGACAGAUGUUGAUUUUCUGAAUCUAUAACACCAAGUUUUUAAAAUAUGUGAAAACAGAUAAAAGCGCAGUGAAGCUGAAAUGCUGAGUCAUCGGUUCGUUAGCUCGUCGGCUUCCGUCCUCGAGCCUCGAACAGAAGGAAGCGAAAGUGAAAGUAAAACUCUGCGCAGUUCGCAAACAGGAGGAAACACAAGAGAUCAGAUCCACUAAAGUACAGGAUCAGACUCCGCCUCCUGCACUCUGACCCUCCACCAAAGGAAGAUGAAUGACUUGGCGGCCUGUGGGUUCUUCUGUCUGGUCCUGGACGCGGUGCUGACUCUGUGUCUGUGGGCCGGACUGGUGCUGCUGCGCUGCCCCGGCUGUGGUCCGCUGCUCGGCGUGUGGACUUUCGGUGCCGUGAAGUGGGUUCUUCUCUACGUCUAUACCUCCAUACUGACGGAGGGAAAGCCCCGGGCGGUGCUCUGCAGGUUGGUGGCCCUCCUCUGCUUUCUGCCCCCCGUGUUGGAGAGUGGACGGUUUCUCGGGGCAGAUUCCUCCGAGGCUCACGUGGGCCGGACCGCCGACCUCAGCACGCUGCUCCUGGGCUCCGCGGCCUCGGCGCUGGCCUGCGUCUUCUGGGAAAACUUUCUCUGCGGCGACGGAAAGAAAAGAGACGCAGACACGGGGAAUUCCCAACAGCUGCUUAUGAGGCUGUUGAAAUAUUGCAGACCAGACACCCUUUACCUGAUUGCUGCUUUCAGUUUCCUCAUCUUUGCAGUGAUCUGCGACUCUCUCAUGCCCCUGUAUCAGGGGAAGGUCAUCGAUAUGCUGAGAGGUCAGACGCCUCAGAGCAGCUUCUGUUAUUCAAUUGGACAGCUGGCAUUCCUCUCUCUGGGAAGCGCUCUGUUCUCUGGCCUGAGAGGAGGCAUAUUCAUGUGCACGCUGGCCCGACUGAACAAGAGACUGAAGCGUCUGCUGUUCCACACGCUGCUGCAGCAGGACGUGCACUUCUUCGACGAGAACAAACCUGGACGUCUGUCCUCCCGCCUGCACUCGGAUGUGGACCGGAUGGGCCGCACGGUGGCUCUGAACGCCAACGCCCUGGUUCGCAGCACAGUGAAAACCGGCCUCAUGCUCAAAGUGAUGCUGGGUCUGUCCUGGGAGCUCACCGUGCUCACCUGCAUAGAGAUGCCUCUCGUGGCCUUAGUGCAGAAGAAGUACAUCACUUUGUCCAAGGAGAUGAAGGAUCAGAUUCAGGACUGUCAGGCUCAGAACACAGACCUGGCCUCCCAGACGAUCGGCGGGAUCCGUACAGUCCGCAGCUUUAAAGCCGAGAGCGAUGAAGUGAGGAGGUACAACGAGGCUCUGGACCAGAUGAGUCGGAUCAGGAGACGUUCAAGAGUCUACAGUUCCGUCUUCCUCCUGAUACGGAGGCUGGUGACUCUGACGAUAAAGAUCCUGAUGCUGUUACAAGCCCGCAGCCUCAUCUCGUCCGACCGGCUCAGCGUCGGCAGCCUGGUGACCUUCUUCCUGUACCAGAAGCCCAUGUCACAAAGUUUACAGGAGAUUUUGUACUGCUACGGAGAAACGGUGUCCACAAUGGGUGUCAUCUCCAAAGUAUUCAGUUACAUCGACAGGAAACCGAAGCACGAGAAGGCCGGAGAUUUAGCUCCUGAGAGGCUGCGAGGACGAAUAUCUUUCCAGAAUGUCACCUUCUCCUACCCCUCAGCGGCUCCAGGUCCCAGCGUCCUGAAGUCGGUUUCUAUGGAGCUGCAGCCAGGCAAGGUAACAGCCCUGGUGGGUCCCAGCGGCAGUGGAAAGACGUCCUGUGUCAGUCUCCUGAAGAGACUGUAUGAACCCCAGGAGGGACAGAUCCUGCUGGACGGAGAGCCGCUGCACCGCUACAACCACAAGUACCUCCAUCGACAGGUGGCCCUGGUCUCCCAGAAUCCGGUGCUGUUUUCUGGUUCGCUGAGAUACAACAUCGAGUACGGCCUGACGGACUGCAGCAUCGAGAAGAUUAGAGAAGUCGCGAAGAAGAUCAACGUGGAUGAGUUCAUAUCGGAGCUGAAGAAUGAGUACGACACAGAUAUCGGAGAAUGUGGCAGCCAACUUUCCGAUGGGUUGAAGCAGUGCAUCGCCAUCAUCAGAGCUCUGGUUCGAGAUCCGCAGGUCAUCGUCCUGGACGAGGCCACCAGCAAACUGGAUGUGAAAGCCCAGCACACUGUCCUGCCGGAGAUUCUGUCCCGUGGUCGCACCGUCCUGGUGGUGGCUCACCAGCUGAAGACGGUGGAGGAGGCCGAUCACAUCAUCUUCAUGGAGAACGGGGCUGUGGUGGAACAGGGGACACACCGAGAACUCAUGGCCAAGGGCGGACGAUACCACCGGUUGAGAGAGGAGCUCUUCUGUUCUCCAGCAGCCGAGAGAGGCUCAGGACUGAAUGUGUGAAAACGACAGUGAGACGUGUCUGUCGUCAUGGUAACCGGCCUUUUUUUAUCAGCUUGCACGUUACGAGGAUAUUUUUAGUGCAAAAUCCAUCAACGUACAUGAAGCCGUGUGGUAAAGAAUAUCAAAUGUGUUUAAACUUAUAUUUAUCUGACAACUAUUGACACGUUUAACUGUCAAUAUUAUUUUAAAGAGAGUUUUUUUAUUUGAUGUAUUUUUGUUUUCGCUAAAGACAAUUAUCAGACAUAUAGAAAUGUGUUCAUAAACAGGAUGUUUUGUGUAAUCGUUCGUACAAAUCCAGUCCUGCUGGUGGGAUGUGAGAACAGCAGGACACUGUGCCGGGUGAUCAAGUGUUAACAUCCAAAGAACCAAUCAGAGACCUUCUCCUGUUAACUUUACACCGUGUGUCUGCACUGCAUCACUAAUCCAGGGGCCGAUUUCCAAGAUAAUGAAAAAGAACAGUGUCCCUCAACCAGA